AUGAUUCUCGUAAUUAAUUGAUAUUCACAAUGAAACAAGAUUAAAUAAUUUCAAUUUUAUUAUCCUUAUGCACCAACCAGAUAAAGAUAAUGUCUACCUGUCUACCUCCUUGCCACAGCGUCAGUGGAUAGGCUUGCUAUGCAUAUUUGAUGUUCACGCUGGCGAGCUCCACCAUCGCGCCACCGGUUUUGUGCUGCAGCCACCCACAGCAUACUCAUCUUCUAAGUUGCUCGGACUCUCCAAAAAUGUUGUCGCACCCGUGUCGGAUCCUCCAAAAGUGCACUGCUUUUCAAGGAUCCGACACGCAAAUAGCUCAUCAGCAGCCCCUAUUUCAGAACGUCAAAUUUAGUCCAACAACCAACAAAUCCGUUCCAAAACCAGCAGGCUCGCUUGGUACUCCGAACAAACCAAUUUUGAAGAACCUGUCCGAAGAGAUUACCCAACUGUGCGAAUCCAAAUGCUUAUCGGAAGUUUUCAGUAUAUUUCAAGAAUACCUUAACAAUGACUUUUAUCACUCGUCUGAAAAAUCGGAGGCCUUAGGCCUACUCUUGAUUGCCUGUGGUAAACAAAAGGACGUAGAAACGGGUCGUAAAGUUCAUGAAAUGGUUAAUUCAUUGAACCGAUUAAAAGAUGAUGUUGUACUCCAUACGCGGCUCAUCACAAUGUACUCCGUGUGUGGGUAUCCUUCUGAUGCUCACUCCGCUUUCGAUGAUUUAGGAAGCAAAAAACUGUAUCAAUGGAAUGUUCUUAUGAGUGGGUACACAAAGAACGAGCUUUGGUUUGAUGUUAUUUGUUUGUUUACUGAGUUGAUGACUUCAACCAAUGAUAUGCCAGAUAAUUUUACGAUUCCAUGUGUUGUUAAAGCUUGUGGAGGGGUUCUUGAUGUGGGUCUAGGGGAAUCUGUUCAUGGGAUGGCAUUAAAGAUUGGUUUGGUUGACGAUGUCUUUGUAAGUAAUGCGUUAAUUUCCAUGUAUGGGAAGUUUGGUCUUGUUGAGGAAGCUACGACAGUCUUUGAGUAUAUGCCUGAGAGGAAUUUGGUUUCGUGGAACUCGAUGAUUUCUGGGUUCUCCGCGAAUGGAUAUGUUGAAGAAAGUUUUGAUCUUUUCAGGAGUAUAUUUACAGGGGAUGAAGUUCUUGUUCCAGACGCAACUACAGUGGUUAUUAUGCUGCCAAUAUGUGCAGAAGAAGAGGAAAUUGAAUUCGGGAAGAGUAUUCAUGGUUUAGCUGUAAAGGUAGGACUGGUUAAGGAGUUAACAGUGACUAAUUCUUUAGUGGAUAUGUAUUGCAAAGUUGGGUACUUUGCUGAUGCACAACUUCUGUUUGAGAAAAAUGAGAGGAAAAAUGUGGUUUCUUGGAACUCGAUUAUCGGGGGUUAUUCAGGAGACGGAGAUGCUGGAGGAACAUUUCAUCUUAUGAGAAGAAUGCAAAGUACCCGUGAGUAUGUGAAGGCGAAUGAGGUAACUCUAUUGAAUGUUUUGCCUGUUUGCCUAGAGGAGUCAGAGCAGUUGAUAGUGAAAGAACUUCAUUGCCACUCGCUUAGAAAUGGUCUUGAAUACCAUGAGUUGUUGAGGAAUGCUUUUAUAGCUGCCUAUGCGAAGUGUGGAUUGCUCAAAUAUGCUGAGCUUGUAUUCUAUGGAUUGGCGAAUAAGACAGUAAGCUCUUGGAAUGCACUGAUAAGUGGCUGUGCUCAGCAUGAGGAUUCAUCCAAGGCUUUGACUCUGUCCUCUGAAAUGAUGGAUUCUGGCUUGCUUCCUGACUGGUUCACUAUUGGUAGCCUUCUGGUUGCUUGUUCCCACUUAAAACUGCUACAUUGCGGUACACAAAUUCACGGUUUUGUACUUCGAAAUGGUCUAAAAGCAGAUAUGUCUACACGGGUUUCCCUAGUUUCAUUUUACAUGAAUUGUGGAAAACCAGCACUGGCACAACGUAUGUUUGACAGGACAGAAGAUAAAAAUGUGGUAUCCUGGAAUGUGAUGAUAGCUGGUUAUUUGCAGAAUGCACUACCAGAUAAAGCUGUAUGUCUGUUUCGUGAUAUGGUAUCUAGUAGAUUCCAACCUGAUGAAAUUUCUGUGACAAGUGUAUUAGGGGCUUGUUCAACAUUGUCUGCUGUCAGGCUGGGGAAAGAAGUUCAUUGCUUUGCACUAAAAACUAACCUUAUAGAGGAUGGUUUUGUCCAUUGCUCAAUCAUAGACAUGUAUGCAAAAUCUGGAUUCAUAGGAAUGUCCAAGUAUGUUUUCAACCAUAUUCCGCUCAAUGAUAUAUCAUCAUGGACAGCUAUGAUUACAGGAUAUGCAGUUCAUGGACUUGGAAUGGAGGCCAUCAAACUAUUUCAAGAAAUGCAAAAAUCAGGUUUCAACCCCUCCAGCCUGACAUAUGUCUCUAUUUUAAUGGCAUGUAACCAUGCCGGACUCAUUGAAGAAGGUCGACAGUAUAUUAGAGAGAUGCAGAUAUUGCAUGGUCUAAAACCUGAAUCGGAGCAUUAUGCAUGCGUUAUUGACAUGCUGGCUCGUGUUGGACAGUUUGAUGAUGCCUUAAAUCUCAUGGCUGAGAUGCCUAUGCAUCCAGAUAGUCAAAUUUGGUGUUCACUGCUCAAUUCAUGUAUAGUUCAUGCACAGUUAAAUCUUGGGAAGAAAUGUGCUAAGAAGUUACUAGAAUUAGAGCCAAAAAAAGCAGAAAUUUAUGUUUUAGUAUCCAAUUUUUUUGCCAGAUUUGAGGACUGGGAUUCUGUCGGACAAUUGAGGCAAAAGAUGAAGGAAUUAGGCUUGCAAAAAGAAAUUGGUUGCAGUCGGAUUGAAAUAGGAGGAAAAAACUAUAACUUUGCUGUUGGCAAUAUGCUUUCCAAGCCAUAAGAGCUCUAGUGAAGAUUGAUGUGACGAAACGGAAACAAGUAAAUGGGUUAGUACCUGAGAUGAUUGGUGCUUCAGCAUUUGAACGGAGAGGAUAAAAAUAAAAUUGAGUUAGCUGCACAAAACGGCUUAGAAUCUCUUUCGACUUGACCCAUGUUCUUCUUGUUGAUGACUCAAAAUAUUUCCUCAAGGAGAACAGGUCACAAAUUACCUCAAUGUGCUUUAAGUUAGUGCCCACAAUGAAUGUUAGGGAGAUUAUCACAAGGAUUGGAAUAACAGGCGGCAGUCACAUAUUUGAAGAUGGUUUCUAUGGAUAUACGAUGAGUCGAUUUGACCUGCUUUGUUACCCACCCUAAUUUUUCGGAUGAACAUAUCAGGUGAAAUCAUAUUACUUGUACUCUAGUUAGGCUUGUGAUGAUAUUCCAAGAGCCAAGAAUUCCAUGGUAGUCAUAUUCACUGUUCGCUCACGAUACUACCUGGUUAUUGGUCACCUAGGAGUAUUUAGUCUUGCAAAGUGGCCCUGGCUGAUUCAAACGAGAUUGCACGUGCCGCUUACUACUAGGGUCAGAGUGUAAGGUACCGAUGCUUUUGGCUACUAGACUCGACAUUGGGGUUUUUUCGCCUGCCUCACGUGGUAAUGAUUUAUCUGGCAUUACGAUCUUUACUACAACAACGUUGUCCCACAGAUCAAAGUUCUAUAUAAAUGAAUCGUCAUGUUAUUAAGAAAAGUUGCCCAUAACCUUGUAUAUAUUUGUUGUACAGAGAAAUCUGUCAUUUAUUUUAGGUGCUUGUCAUUCACAUGCUGGAGUCCCCUCCCUUGUUUGGUGCUUCUCAGCAUUCUAUUCUAUGUUGUUCAUAUAUGAAACUUUGUUUUAUAAGGUGUAAAGAGAAGCUUAAUAGUAGUAAAUAUGGAAGGAUAAGGAGUUGUUGUCAUUGUCAAUCUCAAGAGUUGUACAAUAUUACAGCCAAGUAUAAUGAGAGUUCUUUUCAACUUA